AUGUUGAUCCUAGGGUACCUUUGGUACAUUUAUUUAUUGGUGUUCCCUGUCGCAGCGUUUGAUUGGCCAUGGGAAGACGAUAGCAGCUCGGCUUCAGGGUCGGCUUCGGCUACGGAAACCGAUUCUGAUAGAAACAAAUAUGCUCCUUACGAAACCGAUUGUCCGUCUGGGGAGUUGACCCGGCAGUCUGUCAAUAUCUCCGAUGGCGAAAGAGACUACAUCACCCAUCGGUGGGAAAAAACCAACAACAAGCUUAUUGAAUUUUUAUCCGAAAGAGCCAAUUUAUCUGACUUUGAUGCGGAAACUUACAUCAACGAUUAUUCCGACGAGCAUAACAUCACCAUUGGUGUAGCGUUUUCUGGAGGAGGAUACCGUGCCAUGCUCUGUGGAGCUGGCGAGCUCUUGGGGUUGGACGACAGAUACGACGGGGAAGAUUCGGAGAAUGGUCUUGGGGGUUUGUUGCAAAGUUCGACAUAUAUUGCUGGUUUAUCCGGUGGAAACUGGCUUGUUGGACUGAUGGUUUUAAACGACUGGAUCUCAGUGGCUGAUAUUUAUUCCGGAAAAAAGAAAAUUUGGGACUUGGAGGACUCGAUUUUCAACCCUAAUGGAAUUAAUGUCAUUAAAACGGUGGAGUACUACAAGCAUAUUUACGAUGCUCUCAACGCCAAAAAAGAUGCUGGGUUUGAGACCUCGAUUACUGAUAUCUGGGGCCGUGCCCUUUCCAACCAAUUUUUUGAAGGCGAUCAAGGUGGAGAGAACGUUACCUGGUCCUCCAUUCAAGAUUUGUCCAGCUUCAAAGACUACGAAAUGCCAUUCCCAGUGGUGGUUGCCGAUGGAAGAACCCCAGGUACUUACAUCAUUAACAGCAACUCUACUGUUUUUGAGUUCAAUCCCUUCGAAAUGGGAUCGUGGGAUCCAUCUGUUCACACAUUUUUCGACGUCAAAUACUUGGGAAGUGGAGUUCUGGGUGGUGAUCCUAAAAAUGACAAAUGUACCGCUAAUUUCGACAAUGCUGGUUUCGUAUUGGGUACUUCUUCUUCUCUUUUCAACCAGGUGAUUUUGAGACUUCCUGGAACCAGUAUCCCCAGCGUUCUUAAAUCUCUUCUCAACAAGUUGUUGAAACUGGUUAGCAACGAUGAAGAUGAUAUUGCAGUAUACGAGCCAAAUCCAUUCUAUGACUCGGAGUAUGGUGGUCUGAGAUCUGUCCUCAAGAACGAUACUCUCUACUUGUGCGAUGGUGGAGAAGACAACCAAAAUGUUCCUUUGUAUCCAUUGAUCCAAACGGUUCGUAAAUUGGACAUAAUUCUUGCCUACGACAAUUCUGCCGAUACCAACCAAAAUUGGCCCAAUGGUUCUUCUCUCGUGGAAACCUACCAGCGUCAAUACUCGGUUCAAGGAAGAGGUACGCCAUUCCCAUAUGUUCCUUCAGUGGAUGAAUUCGUCGAUAAAGAGCUCAACAAGCGACCUGUGUUCUUUGGAUGCGAUGCUUCGAAUAUGACCGAUCUUGUUCAACAGCUGAAAAACAAUAAUAUCAACGAAACCGAUAUUCCCUUGGUGGUGUACAUGCCCAACCAUAGACACUCUUAUAACUCCAACACUUCCACCUACAAGAUGUCCUACGACAACGAUGAAAAAUGGGGAGUUAUAAGAAACGGAUUUGAAGUUACCACUCAAAAGAAUGGUACUACUGAUGAUGGAUGGGCCACUUGUAUGGGAUGUGCCAUCAUCAGACGUUCUCAGGAGCGCAGAGGUAUCAAGCAAUCUUCUGAAUGUGAAAAAUGUUUUCAAAAAUACUGCUGGAAUGGAGGUUCCAAAGAUGCCGUUGCUAGCACUGAUGCUGCAAGUCCUACAGGUUCCAGUUCCAGUUCCAGUUCCAAAUCCAGCUCGCAAUCGUCAUCUACAUCCACCGGCAAGAAGAAGGGUGCUGCAACAUCUGUAUCGGCUCCAUGGCAAGCAGUGGUGUAUGUAGUCUUGCUCAUUAGUGGUGCCUUUAUCAUAUAG